UUUUACAUUACUCUCUUUGAUUUGUAAAAGGCUGCCACAAAGGUUGCCUCUUCUUCGUCACAAUGGUCCUCCACCAGUAUGACUACCUCUUCGCCGUCGGCACCAUCUUUGCUUUCCUUGACGCCUGGAACAUUGGCGCCAACGAUGUUGCCAACUCUUGGGCCUCAUCCGUCUCUUCUCGCUCCUUAACCUACGUCCAGGCCAUGCUUGGUGCCACCGUCAUGGAGUUCACUGGUGCUCUCGGUGUUGGUGGCCGCGUCGCUGAUACUAUCCGCACCAAGGUUGUCGCCGUCAACUCCUUCCAGUCCGAACCCGCCCUUCUCAUGCUCGGUAUGGUUUGUGCCGUCAUGGCCUCUUCCAUCUACCUCACAUUCGCUACCCGCUUCGGUUUCCCCGUCUCGACAACUCACUCUAUUCUCGGUGGUGUCCUUGGUAUGGGUAUUGGUGCCCUUGGCAGCAGUGGUGUUACCUGGGUUGGCUACAAGAAGGAUGGUAGUGUCGACAUCAAGCAGGGUGUUGUCCAGGUCUUCCUCGCCUGGAUCAUCGCCCCCGUUCUGUCUGGUAUUUUCGCUUCCGUCGUCUUCCUCUUCACCAAGUACGCCGUUCUGCUCCGCUCCAACCCUGCCAUGAAGGGUCUUGUCCUCGUCCCCUUCUACUUCUGGCUCACUGGCUCCUUGAUUACCAUGUUGCUCAUCUGGAAGGGUGGUGACUACACUGUCAACCUGCACGAUGCUCAGAUUCCCGGUGUCAUCGUCGCUGCCGGCGCUGCUUGGGGUCUUCUCAUCGCUCUCUUCCUCGUUCCCUGGAUGUACCGUGUCGUCAUCAAGGAGGACUGGCAGCUCACCGGCUGGCACAUCUUCCAGGGUCCUCUCCUUCUCCGCCGCGGAGAGGUUCCUCCCCCUCCUGCCAACUUCAAGGGUAUCGUCCGUAACUUCUACGAGGGUCACCUUACCAAGGAGGAGCUUGACGCCCGCCGCGCUCGCCAGGCCGCCGCUGUCACUGGCGAUGUUGAGGGUCAGCACUCUACCGAUGAGAAGAAGGUUGCUGGCUCUGAGUCUUCCAUUCAUGACGACCUUGAUGCCGCUGCUCCUCGCAAAUCCUUGAUCGGCCCUAAGCCCGAUGGUCCCUGGUAUUCCGGUUCAGUUUUGUUCUGGUACGUCAAGUGGGCGUUCCUCCGCGGUGUCGAUCAGGACGUUGUUAGCUCCCAGAGCGAGAAGUCUGUUGUCGCUGGUGAUGUCGAGGAGAUGCACACUCACUCCGUUCACUACGACAACCGCGCUGAAUUCCUCUACACCUUCCUCCAAGUCAUGACUGCCGCUGCCGCUUCCUUCACCCACGGUGCCAACGAUGUCGCCAACGCCAUCGGCCCUUAUGCUUCCAUCUACCAGAUCUGGCAGACCAACGCCAUCCCUAGCAAGGCCAAGGUCCCCACCUGGAUUCUCGCCUUUGGUGGUGUCGGUAUUGUCGUCGGUCUCUGGACUUACGGUUACCACAUCAUGCGCAACCUUGGUAACCGCGUCACCCUCAUGUCUCCCUCCCGUGGUUUCUCCAUGGAGCUUGGCUCCGUCAUCACUGUCAUCAUGGCCACCCGUCUUGAGCUCCCCGUUUCCACCACUCAGUGCAUCACUGGUGCCAUUGUUGGUGUUGGUCUCUGCAACGGUGACUGGCGUGCUAUCAACUGGCGCAUGGUUGCCUGGAUCUACCUUGGUUGGUUCAUCACCGUGCCCUGCGCUGGUCUCAUCUCUGGUAUCCUCAUGGGCUUCAUCACCUACUCUCCUCACUGGCCCUCUGUCGCCAGGGCUGUCACUAAGGCUUAAGCAGCCUAUGGUUCUACCCUAUUUUUUACAUUCGC